UAUGCUCGUAUACCGCCACCUAAUUAACCAGCCCCUCAUCAAUCACAGAGAGACGAAAGAGAUGGCCUCCUUCUCCAAACAGGCGGCACUCUUCUUGCUGGCAGCGCUGCUGCUGUGCCUCGUCUGCACUAGAGGGCAAGCAGCAAGGCCUACACCAGGAUCCAGCCACUACAAAUCACAGGAUGCUGGCUCCGCCAUUUUCCACGAGAAGGUUGCUGCAGGAGCCGAGAUGGAAAUGGAGCAGGAAGAUCAGGAGGCGGUGAGAGGAUGCGAGGGAGGGGAAGAAGUGGAGGAGUGCCUGAUGAGGAGGACCCUCGUCGCUCACACCGACUACAUCUACACCCAGGGGAAGCACAACUAGAUGGUGUGCUGAAACCCUGAAACUGCUGGUGCUUACCAAGGACUCCGUGAACUGAAGGCCAUACCUGGAUGAUCGCAUGGUUAAGCAGGCCCUACUUAAGAAGAGAGGCAUUUUUCAUGAGCUCGUCGGUCUGUUCUGCAGUCCCAUGCAUCGUCUGUGAAUUACAGCUAUAGACCUAUAGUCACCCCUUUGUAUUUUGCCUGUUUCCUUGUUGUUGUUGUUGUUUUGUCUUUUUUGCGUGGUCUGUUUCCUUGUUUUUAGGUCAUGUAUCUGUACUGGAUUCGAACUUUUAUCAUCAUAUAUGUAUUUACUGAA